AUGGAAAACCGUAGCGUUCCCAAUUUCCCCCAUCUAACCCCACCCGAAUUCGCCCCUUUCCUGACUGAACAUACCACCACAGCUGCCGCAGCUGCACCUCCUUCGCCUCCUGGGCCGCUCUCACCAAAUCCCAAACCUCCCCCUCCGCAUCAUCAUCAUCAUCCACCACAGCCUCCUCGCCACACCCCCGGACUGCCCGCCCGACGUCGAACAACUCGGCCGCUCGACCUGGACCCUCCUGCACAGCAUGACGGCGCCACCUACCCUCCCAGCGCGCCCCCGGCGCUGCAGAGCAAAACGCGACAAUUUCUCUCCCUGUUCUCCGAGCUGUAUCCCUGCUGGGUCUGCGCCGAAGAUUUCCAGGAUUGGAUCAGCAGGCCGGAGAACGAGCCGCGCGUGCGGGGCCGGGAGGAGUUCGGGCUGUGGAUGUGCAGGGCGCAUAACGAGGUCAAUCGGAAGCUGGGGAAGGCGGAGUUUGAUUGCAGGCUGUGGAAGGAGAGGUGGCGGGAUGGGUGGCGGGAUGGGAGGUGUGAUUGA